UUCCUGGAGGACUUGAUACAAACAAACAGUGGAUCGGUCGCCCUCUCUUUCGGAUUAGCUCUCCCGAUUCCUCCACGUUUCUCUCACCAUUCCGGGUUAUUUCCAGCCUCUGUCGGUGAACAGGCUCCGUGUUGUCGGUGGUUCUCCGGUUCGGCUGCACUCGGUCCAAACUCUUCUUACUGCUCGGUCUCAUUCGGCUCUUGUCGUCUCGAGAGGAACAAAUGGACGAAGCCGACUCGGCCACGAAGGCGCUCGGGUUGCACGAGGAGGUGGAGCACGAGGAGGUGGGCUCGGAUACCGAAUCGGAGGCCGAAGUCACCACGAUUUCCGUGAUGGAGGAACCGGGGAACAUCGACAUGGGAGCCGAGUCCCUGCCGAACUCAGACGAGGCCGAGGCGGCUUUUGGAGAGGUGACGGCUGUGACGGUGGGAGACGUUCACUGUGCGGACGACAACGUUUACACAACCACGGUCGCCACGUCAGGAAGUCUGCCUGAACACGUGCUGAGCAGAGGAACCACCCUGCAGCUGGGUGAUGGUCUCAGUACCCAGAAGGCCACGCUGAUCGUGGUUCACACCAACGGCAGCAUCGUCCAGGCAACCGGCCUCAAAUCUGCUGCUGCUAUGGUAACAGGCUCUCAGACUCAUCCCACUCCUUUGAUGCCCCCCCAGGACAAAGACUCCUGCUCCAAGUACAACUGGGACCCUUCGGUUUACAACAGCGAGCUGCCGGUGCGCUGCAGGAACUCCAGCGGGGUCCUGUACAAGAACCGGCUGGGAUCAGGGGGGAAGGGCCGCUGCAUCAGACACAACCAGCAGUGGUUCACUCCCACAGAGUUUGAAGGUCUGGCGGGGCGAGCGAGCAGCAAAGACUGGAAGAGAAGCAUCCGAUACGCCGGCAGGCCGCUGCUCUGCCUCAUACAGGAGCGUAUCCUGAACCCUCACGCUGCCUCCUGUACGUGUGCAGCCUGCUGUGAUGACCUCACGGGGUGUGCAAAGGAUGAAGAACCUCUGGUAGCAGAAAACAUCAGCAUGACGGGUCCGGUCCGCCUCUUCGUCCCGUACAAGAGACGGAAGAAGGACAGCGAAUCUCUGGUCGUUUCCCCGAAGAAGGAUCUUUCUUCCGCCAAAAACAUCACGCUGUCCCCGGGGACAACAUUCACGGUGUCUCCGUCGGGACAGUUCACGACCUCGGGCACGUUGACCUUUGACCGCCCGGCUCAGAGUGACGCUGUCACGGCCGCCGCUGCUGCUGCCAUCAUGUCGGAGAGCUCGGCCCAGAGCGAGGUGUUCGCCAGCACCGCAGUGCUCACGGCGCUACCUGCCCUCGCCGUGGCCCCCCAGUCGCUGCAGGCCAAGAUGGCGGUGACGGUGGGGUCACCGUCGGGGGGGGGGCUGCUGAUGGGGGGCCUGGAGGGGGGCGGGGCCAGCGAGGGGGGGCGGAGCAGCAGCUGGCUGUACCUGGAGGACAUGGCCAACACUCUGCAGAGCAACGUGCAGCAGCUGAAGGCUCUGAUAGAACAGGCCAAACACUCAGAGUGCAUGGGGGUCAAAGGUCAGGGCGGCAGGAAGGAGUUUGGUCUCACUCAGACGUUUCAGAAUCAGAUCACGUUUCAGCAGCAGGACGACUCGGAUGCCAAGAGGAGCUCUGACAUCACCGAGAUCAUCAUCAACCAGAUGUGUGUGAACUGCGGGCGCAUGGCGAUGAGUGAGUGCACGGGCUGCCAUAAGGUCAACUACUGCUCCACCUUCUGCCAGAGGAAGGACUGGAAGGAGCACCAGCACACCUGCUGUCAAUCAUCUGGGGGCGUGUCUGUUCAGGAAGAGGAGCCAAUCACAGCCCUGGAACUGGACAAAGUCAAAUGAAGGAAGCCCUCAGACAGGAAGUCCUUAUAUGGCGCCGAGAGGAGGAGAAAUCAAAACUUAAAAUCUCCUCACUUGAACUUUUAUUGUGAAAGAUUCCUCUCGUCAGGAAGAGGAACGUCUGGGAUGUCCCGAUUUAUAACUAAAGACAUUAUAAAUUGUAUAUUUGUUGAUAGAAGUUCCAGAAAAUAUGCCAUAGGGCUGCAGAUAACCACUUUUUGUCAUUAUCAAUCAAUCUGUAAUUCACUUUAUUUAUACGUUUUUUAAUUAAUGGUGUUUUUUAUUUCUCAUCUUCCCUCAGUGAAUCUUUUUUUCUGCUGUUUUAUGAAACAGACUUUCCCGACCUUUAACGCUAAACUAAUUUAGAAUCUCUGUCCAGACACAGUCCUGGUUUGAAUAAAGGUCAACACAUCGAUAAACUAAAAGGAAAUAUUAUUAAAUUAACGCGCCCCACCCUGGCUGAUAGGAAGACAUGAGCUAUCGGUUCUCUUUUGUUAAUGGUAUUUUUCUUAUUUUCCAAUUAGAGUGACUUUGAAUUGUUUACAAGGUUUCUUUGUUUGUUUGCUUCCAACUAAAAGACCCAGUUUAUGUAAUGUGAACGUUUCAGUUUCUGCAGAGAACAUCUUUGCAUAAGAUAAUAUCUUGUAUAUGUACAUGAUUAAAAAAAAGGAUUAUCUUUAAGAGA